AUGGAUAUAUUUCAAGCAGCUAUAACCGAUAAGGAUAUAUUAUAUUCUGAUGAACUUAAACUACCUAAAACAGAUCCAAGAAGAUGGAGAUUGAUCACAGAUAAAUUAGGUAGAGAAAGCUGGGAAUAUUUAAGUGAAGAAGAUUCAAAGAAAAUUCCACAAUCUACUUUUGUUAAAUGGUUACUACAAAUUCCAGAUUUUCCCACGCCUAAACCAAAAAUCAAACAAGGCGACAAGAAUUUUACUACUCACGAUGCAUUAUUGAAUGGUGCCAAUUUUUUCAAAUUAUUACAAGAUCCAGAGUCAGGUAUUUUCCCCUGCCAAUAUAAAGGUCCAAUGUUUCUAACAAUUGGUUAUGUUGCUGUACAGUACAUUGCUGGAAUAAAGAUACCAGAACAUGAACGAUUAGAAAUCAUCAGAUAUAUUGUAAAUACAGCCCAUCCAGUUGAUGGAGGUUGGGGUUUACAUUCAGUAGAUAAGUCAACUGUGUUUGGUACUGUAUUAAAUUAUGUGAUUUUACGUCUAUUGGGAUUACCUAAAACCCACCCAGUUUGUGUAAAAGCAAGGAAGACUCUUAUAAGACUGGGGGGUGCAAUUGGCUCACCACAUUGGGGUAAAAUAUGGCUAAGUGUGCUAAACUUAUACAAGUGGGAAGGUGUCAAUCCAGCACCACCCGAAACAUGGUUGCUACCUUAUUCAUUACCAAUACAUCCAGGCAGAUGGUGGGUUCACACUAGAGGUGUAUAUUUGCCGGUUAGUUAUUUAGGGUUGACAAAGUUUGCAUGCCCCCCAACACCAUUAAUAGAAGAAAUUAGAAAAGAGAUUUAUGCUACAGAAUAUGAUACGAUUGAUUUUAGUAAACAUAGAAAUACUGUAUGUGGUGUUGAUUUAUACUAUCCUCACUCUAAAAUCUUAGAUGUAGCUAAUAAUAUUCUAGUAUUUUAUGAAAAGUGGAUAAGACCCAAUUUCAUCUAUAACAAAUCCAAAGAAAAAGUAUUAGACUUAAUUGAAAAGGAAAUUGCAAAUACUGAUUAUUUAUGUAUUGCACCUGUGAAUCAAGCAUUUUGCUCACUUGUUAUCUUGGUUGAAAAGGGUGUUAACUCUAAGGAAUUUGAACGAUGCCAAUAUCGUUUCAAAGAUGCAUUAUUUCAUGGCCCACAAGGGAUGACAGUGAUGGGUACAAAUGGUGUUCAAACUUGGGAUUGUGCAUUUGCCGUACAAUAUUUUUUUAUGGCAGGUCUAGCUGAAAGACCUGAAUUCAAAGACUUAAUUAUUAGAAGUUAUAAAUUCUUGUGUAGAUCUCAAUUUGACACUGAAUGUGUUCCAGGUAGUUUCAGAGACAAGCGUAUUGGUGGAUGGGGGUUUUCUACAAAGACCCAAGGAUACACUGUGAGCGAUUGUACUGCCGAGUCUAUAAAAGCUAUUAUAAUGGUUAGAAAUAGCCCUGCUUUUAAAGAAGUUCAUGAUGAAAUUAGUGAUGAACGGUUAUAUCAAGGUAUUGAAAUUUUAAUGUCUUUACAAAAUCUUGGUAAAUUUGAAUAUGGGUCCUUCGCUACUUAUGAGAAAAUUAAAGCUCCAUUGUCUAUGGAAUUAUUAAACCCAGCUGAAGUAUUUUGUAAUAUUAUGGUUGAAUAUCCAUAUGUAGAAUGCACAGAUAGUUCAGUCCUUGGAUUGACCUACUUCCACAAACAUUACGACUAUAAAUAUGAUGAGAUUGGCAAGCGUAUUAGACUAGCCAUUGAUUAUAUCAAAAGAGCACAAAACAAUGAUGGCAGUUGGUAUGGUUCUUGGGGGAUCUGUUUCACCUAUGCUUCGAUGUUUGCCUUAGAGGCCCUCGAGACUAUUGGAGAAGAUUACAACAAUUCUGAAACAGUCAAGAAAGGCUGUGAUUUUAUUGUGAGCAAACAGAACAAGGAUGGUGGAUGGUCUGAAACAAUGAAAUCUAGCGAGAUCCACUACUAUGUGGAUAGUGGUGAUUUGGAAGGGUCCUAUGUAGUUCAAACCAGUUGGAGUGUGAUCGGAUUGAUCUUGGCUAAUUAUCCCGAUAAAGAUGUUGUCUAUAGGGGUAUUGAGUAUAUCAAGAGCCAACAACUACCAAGUGGAGAAUGGGAGUUUCAGAAUGUAGAAGGUGUUUUCAACCAUUCAUGUGGAAUAGAAUAUCCAAGUUACCGGUUCUUAUUUCCUAUAAAGGCAUUAGGCUUAUAUAGGACACGGUAUUGCCAAAAACCGUAG